GUCGGCUUCAUUGGUGCAGCUUCCAUGGCCGGCCAGCGAAAUGGCGAAGCCAAGGAGAAUCAGGACACUUUCUACACCUCUGCAAAUGGGUCCGUCGCAUGCGUCGCUGUGGUGGAUGGCCAUGGCCGCCGGGGCGCUGUCCUUUCUGCAGCUGCACGCGAUGCCAUCGCAGUAGCCAUGAAAGAGCUGAAAAGCGGCUCUUCUGAAGAGUUGGCGAAGGUGGUCCUUCGGGUUGAUGCAGAGCUGUUGAUUCACCAGAAGGCGGAGCCAGAGUUGUCAGGGGCCACCUGUGCAGUCAUGCAGGUUGAUGGCAUCGGCCAGCAGAAGCGCAGGCUAUCUUUAGUACACUUGGGAGAUUGCGGUGCUGACUCAUUUGCUCCUGUCCUUUCUCUCCUCUCUUCCUCUCCUCUUCUUCUCUUUGCCACGUCUUGCUUCCCAGUCCUUGGGCGGAUGAAGGCCAAGAACAGUGGAUCGAACGGAGCGAACACGUGGAGCGCAGUGCGCCUCACAGAAGACCACCGGCCCGGUGAAGACAAGGAG